GGUGCGCGGAAGUGCUGCGGGGAUGGCGGGAGGGCGGAGCGGUGGGGCCCUUGCGGCUGCGCGCUCAGGGGCGCCUCCCUGCCCUGCACCGUCGCCGGCGGCCCCCGCGCUCGCGGCCUCCUCGCCCAUGAUUCAGAAGACUCGGGCCGAGCUGCUGCCUCCGCAGGGCAUCGGAGACAGUGUGAGCACGCUGCUGUUACAUCCAGUGAUAAAGGCUUUCCUGUGUGGCUCCAUCAGUGGCACCUGUUCCACCCUACUUCUCCAGCCUCUGGAUCUCCUUAAAACACGCCUGCAGACUCUCCAGCCCUCAGACCAUGGGUCCAGACAUGUUGGGAUGUUGACUGUACUCUUGAAGGUGGUGCGCACAGAGAGUCUUUUGGGCCUUUGGAAAGGGAUGUCCCCCUCCAUCGUGAGAUGUGUCCCUGGUGUUGGAAUCUACUUUGGCACUCUCUACUCUUUGAAACAGUAUUUCCUGCGAGAUCAUCCUCCCAGUCCCCUGGAGUCAAUCAUACUGGGCAUGGGCUCUCGAUCUGUUGCAGGGGUCUGCAUGUCGCCCAUCACAGUGAUCAAAACACGCUAUGAGAGUGGGAGGUAUGGCUAUGAGAGCAUCUACAAAGCCCUGAGGAGCAUCUAUCUCAGCGAGGGCCACCGAGGCCUCUUCAGUGGCCUGACAGCCACUCUCCUUCGUGAUGCACCCUUUUCAGGAAUCUACCUGAUGUUUUACAGCCAGACCAAAAGCAUAGUGCUCCACGACCAGUCUGAUGUAGCCUUCAUUCCUGUUGUGAAUUUUAGCUGUGGGAUAUUUGCUGGUAUUCUGGCCUCGUUGUUAACUCAACCUGCAGAUGUUAUCAAAACUCACAUGCAGCUCUCCCCAGUGAAGUUUCAGUGGAUUGGCCAAGCAGUAACACUCAUUUUCAAAGUCUAUGGGCUGCGUGGCUUCUUCCAAGGCAGCAUCCCACGGGCCCUCCGCAGAACUCUGAUGGCAGCAAUGGCAUGGACAGUCUAUGAAGAGAUGAUGGCAAAGAUGGGCCUAAAGUCCUGACAGGAAAGGAUGGGAAAGAGUGUACUGUCAUCCUGCUUAUUUGUUGCCAAGUGCUGCUUUAUUGCACUCUGCAGUCAGGUGAAGUCUUGCCUGGAGACAGGCAAUAACACUGUUGCUUUGGCUUCCAUUCAGGGAGAUAGAGGAUCUGACUGGAGCCCUCAGUCUUCCAGAAGAGGAGUCACCAGUACACAUAGCACCCUGGGGAGUUGGGAGCAAGGUCUGCACACCCCACAUGGAUACUGGCAAGGCAUUUUCAGAGAGAGCUUUGCCAAGUGGCCUCACCUGCAGU